GCCACUAUGGCGGCUGCCGGUGGCGGGUUUGAAAGUGCGAGAGUCGUCGACGAGCGUAAAGAACAGACUCGGAUUUCCAGGACCGAGGUGUUGGGACAGGCUAAAGCCAAUUUUGAAAAGGAAGAAAGACGUAAAGAACUUAAACGACUUUGGGGUAAGGAAACAUGGAUGCUACCUGAUGUGAAUAAGCGAGUUGAACAGAUCUCACAGGAACACUCUGUGAAGAAAAAGAAGAAAAAAGACAAGCAUUCAAGAAAAGUAAAAAAAGAGAAGAAAAAAAAGAGCAAGAAACAAAAGUGUGAAAAAAACGAGUCAACUGACAGUUCAUCAAGCUCUGAAGAUGAGUGGGUUGAGGCUGUUCCUUCCCACACUUCUGGCGAGGAAAAGGCCUGGAAGGUGAAAGAUGAAAAGUCAGAAAAAGAAGACAACGAAGUUAUUCAGAGGGAUGAAUGGAUGACUGUUGAUUUUAUGUCUGUUAAAACUGUGUCAUCAUUAUCACUCAAAGCUGAAAAGGAAACAAUAAGGAAAAUAGAGCAAGAGAAAACCCAAGCACUUGAACAGUUCAGACUGCUGGAAAGAGAAUUGAAUCCAUACUGGAAGGAUGGUGGGACAGGUCUUCCACCAGAAGACUGUAAUGUGUCAUCAGUUACUAAAGUUUCAGUAGUAGAAGAUGGUGGUUUAAGCUGGCUAAGGAAGUCUUACCAAAGAAUGAAGGAACAAGCUGAGAAACAAAAUAGAAAAUUUGAAGACAUUGUAGCUGAAAGAUACGGGUCAAUGGAAAUCUUCCAGUUGAAAUUAAAAGAAGCUGAGAAUACUGCGUUUAUGAAAGAAGACUGUAGACGAGAACGGUGGAGGAAGAAACCAGCAUACUCAGAUAGAGCACAAAGUAGUCAGGAAAGUAGAAAAUCAGACUUGGUAAAAUAUAAUAAAAGUUCAAGAGAUAGAUAUAAUACAACAGAUAUUGCAAAGAAUAUCAAUAAAGAUAAGUUUAGUGGUGAUGAAAAAGAUAGUAGAUCUGGGUCUUUAGAAGCAUGUAGAAGAGAAUCCAGUCCAAAACAAAAUCAAGAGUUUUUUUCUCAUAUAAAUUUGAGACCUAAAUUCUUAAGACCCUCUGAUGCAGAACUGUCAUUUCAUAGCAAGGACAGAAAUUUUGAACCAUCUAGUUCAUCUUCAACACUGGUCUCUCAGGAUUCUGUACAUUGUGGUUUUCAAAAAUCCACAGAGAACAGUGAAGAAAGUUUAUCAUGGUGGAGUCGAUCUGAUGAGAGAGAAGGAGACAGGAAACAUUCAAAUCGAAAACCAUUAGAAACCAGUCACAGUGUUGACCGUGGACAAGUUUCAGAAGAUGUAAGAGAAAAAUCACAGGGUGAAAGCUUGAGAGAGGACUCUCUGAAAAAAGAACACCUACAGGAUACAAAGUCUUCGCUUGCUGGUAGUCCAGUGGAUGACUCUAUCCACAUCUUGAGUGUUGAUGAGAAGAACAAGUUGGGAGCCAAGAUUAUCAAGGCAGAGAUGAUGGGAAAUAUGGAAUUAGCUGAACAACUUAAAGCCCAACUUGACAAGGCAAAUAAAUUCGAAGACAACAUAAUGCAGAUAUCAUCAAAAAAACCUGGGGUAGAGACUGAAGAUCAGGAAGAAGUGAUCCUUGUCAGAACAGAUCAUUCUGGAAGAGUCUGGCCUGUGAACACACCACGAAAACAUCUGGAAUCUAAAGGAGGAAGAAGGAAGAGACUGAUUGCUUCAACCUAUGAGGAAAAAGAAAGGGUCAGAUACUUUCAUGAUGAUGAUAUUCUAAGCCUAAAUGACUUAGUCAAGAACGAAAAGAUGGGAACAGCAGAAAAUCAAAACAAACAUUUUAUGAAAAUGACAUCUAAGUUUAUGGGAAAAACAGAUGGAGACUAUUACACUCUGGAUGACAUGUUUGUCUCCAGAGCAGCUGAGAGAGAAUGUUUUGGUGAAGAGGAAGAGAAUCAGAGGAAAAAAGCUAUUGCUGAGCACCGGAGUCUUGCUGCACUAAUGGAAAAAUGUCUGUAUUGUUUUGACAGCUCUCAAUUUCCCAAACACCUUAUUGUUGCAAUAGGUGUUAAGGUUUAUUUAUGUUUACCCAACUUACGAUCUCUUACUGAAGGGCACUGCUUGAUAGUCCCUUUGCAGCACUAUAGAGCAGCUACCUUAUUGGAUGAAGACAUCUGGGAGGAAAUUCAGAUGUUUAGAAAAUCAUUGGUAAAGAUGUUUGAAGAUAAAGGAUUGGACUGUAUCUUUUUAGAAACGAAUAUGAGCAUGAAGAAACAGUAUCAUAUGGUUUAUGAAUGCAUUCCUCUCCCAAAGGAAGUGGGUGAUAUGGCUCCCAUCUAUUUUAAGAAAGCCAUAAUGGAAACUGAUGAAGAAUGGUCUAUGAACAAGAAAUUAAUUGAUCUCUCUUCAAAAGAUAUCAGAAAGUCUGUACCCAGAGGCUUACCUUACGUCUCUGUGAAUUUUGGCCUCCAGGGAGGGUUUGCGCAUGUCAUUGAAGAUCAACACAAAUUCCCUCAUUACUUUGGAAAGGAAAUCAUUGGUGGGAUGCUGGAUGUAGAACCAAGACUUUGGAGGAAAGGGAUCCAAGAAAGCUUUGAGGAUCAGAGGAAGAAAGUACUGCAGUUUGCUCAGUGGUGGAAACCAUUUGACUUCACCAAAAGUAAAAAAUGUUGAGACAUACCUUCCAUUUUUUAUUUCCUCUUCAGAUUUCUUUCAGUUUUAUUUCCAUUGCAUCUAACUAAACAACUGAUCAUCAGGUAAUAGGAAGAGAGUCAUGAUCUGAGUUUAUGACAACCGCAUCAUUGGAUUGUGUCGGUUUCCUUCCCCACCUGCUCCUGUGGACUUCAUUGUAGUAACUGUGGAGCAAGACCAGUUAUGUCGUGUGACCUGUUCAUGUCCUGUUCUGUACCUCUGUCUUGGUAUUCUGAACUAUUUAUAUUAACAUAUAGAAAGACUUUUCUGAAGGAUUAUCUAGGAAGUAUAGCAAAUCAUUGCUUCAGAGGGAAGCAGGUCUGCUUCAAGUUUAAGUCUGCUGACUAGCUUCUUUUGCAUUUUUUAAACUAAGAGUUGGCAUAUUUAGUAAUAAUUGAAAUUUCUUUUCACAGCGUUUUAUAGAAGCUCUUAAUUUUCUACCAAUAUCAUAUAUAUUACUACUAUUCUUUUUAUUAAAGGAAUAAAGAAUGUCCCAAAAGUAAUUAAGAAUUAAAU